AUCGUCUGCUAGAGUGACGGAUGAAAUUGUUGGUUAAAGUUUUGCCAGUGGAAGUUGACUUUUCGAUAAAAUAAACCGUGUUUAAUGUACGAAUUUGUGUGUGUAGAUAGCAAAUACAAGAUUCAUUAAACAGAAUCCGAUGACGUGUAGAUAAUAACUCGAGUGUCCCAUGUUGUCAACACCCGAGAAACGCGGAUUUAAUCGCGUACGUCAUUGACAGGUGGUGCAGGAAUGUCGCAAAAGCAAAACAGAUAGAAUUUUUAUUCCUUUGGAUAUUAUUGUGUUUCGUUUAUAUAUUUAAAAGAAAAAGUGGUUCGUGAUUGAUUCGGCUGUAAUGAGCGAUUCAGAUCAGCAACAAUUGUAUGUGCCUUACAGAGAAUAUCAAAGUCAGAAUAACAUCAUUCCCACAGGCAAUCUAGUGGAGACUGAUGCACUCGUCGAUCUUUCAUUAACUCCAACCAAUAAUUUACCUCAAGACGAGGAAUUUCCAGAACUACUACCUGACGUCGCCUUUAUUCCAAAUCUCAACUGCGAUCAAACGAUAGCCAUUGAUUCCCCUGGAAUUGACCGGGAGAGUCAACCUCUCCUAGGUCGUCUCGAUGUCGAUGUCUCCUACAACCGCUUUCCUGAUGAUCCGUCGUUUACUGAUCUGGUGUGCGAAGCCGAAAGCGCAAUAAACAAUGGAAUUUAUCCCGAAAGAAUUUAUCAAGGAUCGAGUGGAAGUUAUUUCGUCAAGAAUCCUCAGGGGAAAACAAUAGGAGUAUUUAAGCCAAAAGACGAGGAACCAUAUGGAAGACUGAACCCAAAAUGGACCAAGUGGAUGCACAAGCUCUGCUGUCCAUGUUGUUUUGGAAGAAGUUGCUUAAUUCCAAAUCAGGGAUAUUUAAGCGAGGCUGGCGCGAGUUUAGUGGACAGAAAACUUAAUCUUGGAGUUGUACCUAAUACGAGAGUGGUGAAAUUAGUUAGCAAAACGUUUAAUUAUCCAAGAUUUGAUAGACAAAAGGUGAGAAUGAAAAAGGCCAUUAUGGAUCAAUUUCCAGCGGUUGGCUCGCAUUUCAAUCGCAUUGGACUGCCACCAAAAGUUGGAUCAUUUCAAUUAUUCGUCGACGGUUACAAGGACGCUGAUUAUUGGUUAAGACGCUGGGAAAAUGAGCCACUACCUCCACAUCUCGCUCGGAAAUUUCAACUCCAAUUCGAGAGAUUAGUCAUUUUGGAUUAUAUCAUUAGAAAUACGGAUAGAGGUAAUGAUAAUUGGUUAAUUAAAUACGAACCACCAGCAAAAAAUAGUCCGGAAAGUGGAGACGUAAAAAUUGCAGCAAUCGACAAUGGACUCGCAUUUCCAUUCAAACAUCCGGACUCGUGGCGUGCUUAUCCUUAUCAUUGGGCAUGGCUUAGUCAAGCGAAACAGCCAUUUAGUGAGAGAACAAGAGAAUUGGUUUCAGUCCAGCUCUCAGAUCAAAAUUUUGUACAAAACCUUUGUAAUGACUUACAUCAGUUAUUUAAGCAAGAUAAAGGCUUUGAUCGACAUAAUUUCGACAGGCAAAUGAGUGUGAUGCGAGGUCAAAUAUUGAAUUUACAACAGGCUUUGAAAGACGCCAAAAGUCCUGUACAACUUGUACAAAUGCCGGCUGUAAUUGUCGAAAAGUUUUCUAAAGCGAAUGGAGGAGCGCAAAAAUUAUUCUCCUUCUCAGGCGCAUUCACGCAACGCUUCCAAAGUAAAAGUCCUUUCUUUUCUUGGUGUUGAAAGAAAGAAUUCUAAUCACGGAAAUUGAGAAGAUUACGAAAUGUUUUUAACAAAUAUAUAUAUAUACAUACAAAAAAAGAAUUGCAACUUUCUACAUCGAUGACUCCCUAAUUAAUUUUUUGUCUCUCUUUUAAAACUCAUUGACAAUGGAACAUUAAUUUUUAAUUAGUCCUAUGUAGGAUUAGUUACACAAUAAUAACGAAUCGAUCAUUUUAAUUCGAAUUCCUUAUUCAUAUGCUUACACAUUGUAUAGAAAAUAAAGCAUAAUAUGUUGAAGUCAGUUUUCCCUUGUCACGUUUUUGCAAAAAAAAAAGAAGAAGGGAUUUAUUUAUUGACAAGGCAAAAAAGCAAACGUACAUGUACAGAUUUUAUCUUAGGCGUCGAACCAAAGCAACAACUUUGAAUCGAUUUAAUUAACUUUUAUAGCGUUUGUGCCAAGAAAACAUUGAAAAAAAAAAAUAAUCAUUGUACAUUAUCUCCGCGUCCGAAUUAUUGUCUCCAAUAAUUUAAGUGCGUCUCAUUGUCAAAUAAUAACUAUCGAGAUAAUUGAAUGAAAAAACAAAUAAUUGCAAUUAAAUGAAUUAAUUGUAAGAGAAAAGAAAAAAAUAACUUUUAGCAAUGGAAAUAUUCAAUAAUUAUGAAUCAUAAUAAAAAUUGUAAGAACAAAUAAUUAAAGAAAAUAAUCAACUGAUGAAAAAUAAGCGAAUGAAAAAAUGUAUUGUUUGAUUUAAAAAAAAGCGGACGGGAUUUUUAAAUUAGAAUGAAAAAAGAAUUGUGACUGCUUAUGGAUAAUAUUGAUUAAGUCAAUAUUUCCUGUCAGUUAAUUAGUUGAAGAAAAACUGUUACAAAAAAAAAAAUAUUUACGAAAUUUCCAUGGAAAAUAAAACCCUUACGUUUGUAAUCACUUUUGUCUAAUUUCCCAUUUAGACAAAAUUUUUUCUCAAUAUUUAUAUAUCUAUAUAUAUUUUUUGUUACUAUUUGUUUAGAAAUACUUAGUUUGCCAGUUAAUUAUUAUUAAUUUACACGAGAAAUCGUUUCUAAUAAUGUAUACAUAUAUCUUAUGUUUUAAUAACCAAUCACCAACUGUCAAAACAAAAUUGACAGUUUUCAUAUUUGCUUACAUUUUUUUUUAUACAAUAGAUUCUUUUUUUCAAAUAUAAAAGUCAACUGACGUAUACGAUGAACAAAAAAGUUUUAAAAAAAAGAAAAUAAAAAUGGAAAUUAUAGAAUUUUCUCCAAGAAAUGAAAAAAUUUCACCGUUUACCGACUUGAAUAAAGUAAUUUACAAUUCGCUCUUUCUAAUCAUCAGAACAAAUUUUAUUUUAAACAUUACGACGAUGAACAAAAAUUAUGAAAAAACCAAAAUUUUGAAAAUAAAAUCUUUUAAAUAGUUGUACAUAAUAAAAUUUCCUCUCAUUUUUUAAAAUGCUUUUGAGAAAAAGAAACUACUAGACACGCCUGUGUAUAAUUAUGUCAAUUAGGAUUUUCAAAUUGUUCUCAUUUAUUGCUACUUGAAAGAAAGUGUUUUAAUUGUACUUAAAAUUUAAAUCGUAUUUUUAGAAAAUGUCCUUAUUUUCAUGGUAUACACAGAAAAUAUAUUUAAUACAUAAA